AUGAAUAACGCAGCAGAAAUCCUAAAGUCAGUCCAGAUUGGUUUGGAUGUCGCCAUAUUUCUUCUCAACACUGAUCGUGGCCUACAAGCGACCGAGUUAUGUAAUGAAUGUUUAUUUCUACUUCACAAGCUUGACACUGGUAUUGACCUUGAUCAUGAUAUCUCUGAUGUAUUAUUCAAUGCGUACUACGCCACGUCUGGUUACACAAAUGCAGCACGAUACACCACAAAACUUAUUGAAAAGUUUUUCCUCGCUGGAGAACUAACCAUACAACUGGGAGACAAAUACGAGGCAAAAUGUUUGUUUAGAGAGGCAAAGCAACUUUGUAAAAGCGCUCUUACCAUCAUGAAAGCGAUUGGCCACCGUAGAGAAGAGGCAGAGGUUUACGCGAGACUUGGACCUCUUUGUAUUUUCCUCAGCGAGUAUCUAGAGGCGGAAGAAUAUUGUGAGAAAGUAAUUGCCAUCGCGAUAGAAAUCGGCGACAGAAAUGGAGAAGGAAGAACAUACGGGAACCUCGGAGCUGUGUUUGAAUCCCUUGGCGAAUAUCAGAAAGCCAAAGAAUAUUGCGAGAAAGCAAUUGCCAUCGCGAUAGAAAUCGGCGACAGAAAUGGAGAAGGAGCAACAUACGGGAACCUCGGAGGUGUGUUUCAAUCCCUUGGCGAAUAUCAGAAGGCCAAAGAAUAUUACGAGAAAGCAAUUGCCAUCGCGAUAGAAAUCGGCGACAGAAAUGGAGAAGCAGCAACAUACGGGAACCUCGGAGUUGUGUUUCAAUCCCUUGGCGAAUAUCAGAAGGCCAAAGAAUAUUACGAGAAAGCAAUUGCCAUCGCGAUAGAAAUCGGCAACAGAAAUGGAGAAGGAGCAACAUACGGGAACCUCGGAGCUGUGUUAGAAUUCCUUGGCGAAUAUCAGAAGGCCAAAGAAUAUUACGAGAAAGCAAUUGCCAUCGCGAUAGAAAUCGGCCACAGAAAUGGAGAAGGAGCAGGAUACGGGAACCUCGGAGGUGUGUUUAAAUCCCUUGGCGAAUAUCAGAAGGCCAAAGAAUAUUACGAGAAAGCAAUUGCCAUCACGAUAGAAAUCGGCCACAGAAAUGGAGAAGGAACAACAUACGGGAACCUCGGAGAUGUGUUUGAAUCCCUUGGCGAAUAUCGGAAGGCCAAAGAAUAUUACGAGAAAGCAAUUGCCAUCGCGAUAGAAAUCGGCGACAGAAAUGGAGAAGGAACAAGAUACGGGAACCUCGGAGUUGUGUUUCAAUCCCUUGGCGAAUAUCAGAAGGCCAAAGAAUAUUACGAGAAAUCACUUGCCAUCGCGAUAGAAAUCGGCGACAGAAAUGGAGAAGGAACAACAUACGGGAACCUCGGAUAUGUGUUUCAAUCCCUUGGCGAAUAUCAGAAGGCCAAAGAAUAUUACGAGAAAGCAAUUGCCAUCGCGAUAGAAAUCGGCGACAGAAAUGGAGAAGGAACAACAUAUGGGAACCUCGGAGGUGUGUUUCAAUCCCUUGGCGAAUAUCAGAAGGCCAAAGAAUAUUACGAGAAAGCAAUUGCCAUCGCGAUAGAAAUCGGCCACAGAAUUGGAGAAGGAAUAACAUACGGGAACCUCGGAGCUGUGUUUCAAUCCCUUGGCGAAUAUCAGAAGGCCAAAGAAUAUUGCGAGAAAGCAAUUGCCAUCACGAUAGAAAUCGGCCACAGAAAUGGAGAAGGAACAACAUACGGGAACAUCGGAGGUGUGUUUGAAUCCCUUGGCGAAUAUCAGAAGGCCAAAGAAUAUUACGAGAAAGCAAUUACCAUCGCGAUAGAAAUCGGCGACAGAAAUGGAGAAGGAACAAGAUACAGGAACCUCGGAGGUGUGUUUCAAUCCCUUGGCGAAUAUCAGAAGGCCAAAGAAUAUUACGAGAAAGCAAUUGCCAUCGCGAUAGAAAUCGGCAACAGAAAUGGAGAAGGAAAAACAUACGGGAACCUCGGAGGUGUGUUUGAAUCCCUUGGCGAAUAUCAGAAGGCCAAAGAAUAUUACGAGAAAUCACUUGCCAUCGCGAUAGAAAUCGGCGACAGAAAUGGAGAAGGAACAAGAUACGGGAACCUCGGAGGUGUGUUUCAAUCCCUUGGCGAAUAUCAGAAGGCCAAAGAAUAUUACGAGAAAUCACUUGCCAUCGCGAUAGAAAUCGGCGACAGAAAUGGAGAAGGAGCAGGAUACGGGAACCUCGGAGGUGUGUUUGAGUUCCUUGGCGAAUAUCAGAAGGCCAAAGAAUAUUACGAGAAAGCAAUCGCCAUCGCAAAAGGAAUAGGGAACACAGGAGAGGAAUGUUCAGGAUACUUAGCCCUUGGAAACGUUCACUGCAGCCUUAGGAAAUAUCGUCAUGCUAAAGAAUAUUUCGACAAAGCACUCAGCAUCAGUACAGCAACUGGACAAAGAAGAAAUGAAGGAUGCGGCUACGCAGGUUUGGCAAUAGUGUUCGCUUUUAUCAAUGACAAUCAGAAAGCAAAAGAACAUCAUCAAAAGGCGCUCACCAUCAGCAAGGAAUGUGGGGAUAAAGCUCUGGAAGGACAAAUUUACCUCAACCUCGGAAAUCUAUCUAGAUCGCUUGGUGAAUGCGACGAGGCAGAAGAUUACUUAGAGAAGGCUCGCUCCAUAAGCAGUAGAAUUGGAGACAUACUGACUGAGUUUAAAAGCCUUCUCGUUAUCACACAGUUAAAGGUAUCGCAGUCACAGUUUGUGGAGGCAAAGGAACAUCUCCUUCAAUGUAUUGGAAAAUAUGAACAAUUGAGGAGUUUUCUUAAAGGAAACAAAGAGUUUGAAAUAUCUCUGUUAGAAGCGCACGGUAGUUUUCCUUAUCACUUGCUCACUAACUUGCUUUGCAAUACUGACAAAUUUCAAGACGCUCUUUAUGUCGAGGAGCUGGGACGAGCGAGAGUCCUCGUAGAAUGCAUGGCAGAGAAGUUCUCCGUUGAAAGCCACAUCUCGGCUGAUCCAAAAUUAUGGUUCGGGAUUGAACACAUCGUGAAAAAGGAGAGUAACUGUGUCUUUUUGUACAUUUUGUAUACUGAGCGGCAUGUUUGUCUUUGGGUUUUGAAAGCAAAUGGAGACAUUUCCUUUCGAGUCACCGACCAAGUGAAAGACAGCACUCUCAUUCCUGAGAAAGUUUGCAACGUGGAGGGAAUUUUCAAAAAGAGCGCCGCCAGCUUUGGCGUUUUAUUCACAGCGAAUUGCGAAGAUCGAUCUUUGGAUGGCAACGUAACGACAUCUCUUUUUGAAGAGAGCCGAGCAACUUUGCGCGGUGACGAAACCAAAGAAACCGAAAGAAUUCAUCAUUUGUGUUACAAAUGGAUCAUCGCUCCUGUGGUAGAUUUACUAACAGAGCCUGAAAUCAUCAUUGUACCGUAUCGUUUCUCGUAUCGAGUCCCAUUUGCUGCCUUGCGUGAUGGAGCAGCCGGAAAGUAUCUAUCAGAGACUUACAGAAUCCGUAUCGUCCCUUCUCUGACGACCCUCCGGCUCAUUCAAGAUUGUCCAGCGGAUUAUCACAGUAAAACGGGUGCACUUGUAGUGGGUGAUCCUACGGUUGGCCAGGUGUAUUACAAUGGACGUGUCGCUAACUUUGUACCAUUGUUCUGUGCUAGAAAGGAAGCAGAGAUGGUUGGUGGACUGCUGGGAGUUCAGCCUUUGUUAGGAGAGUCUGCAACUAAACAGGCAGUGCUUCAAGCGAUACCUUCAGUGAGUCUCAUACAUAUUGCCGCUCAUGGAAAUGCCCAAAGAGGAGAGAUUGCCCUUUCGCCUAAAUGUCCUAAAUGUACCACCAACAGUUUUCCACAAGAAGAAGACUACCUCUUGACAAUGUCCGACAUUUUCGGAACUCAAGUGCGAGCAAAACUGGUUGUAUUGAGCUGUUGUCACAGUGCGCGUGGAUUGGUCAAAGCCGAAGGAGUUCUUGGAAUCGCUCGUGCAUUCUUAGCAUCCGGUGCACGUUCAGUGUUGGUAGCAUCGUGGGCCAUAGAAGACGAAGCAACGGAGCAGCUCAUGAAUCAUUUCUACAAGCACCUUGUUCGUGGAGAAAGUGCCAGUGAAUCUCUUCACCAGGCCGUAAAAUGGUUGAGAAGCAACGGCUUUCCCAAGCCUAAUCAAUGGGCUCCAUUUGUGCUGAUGGGAGACAACGUGACGUUGGAGUUUACAUACAUCGGGUGGGUCUAGUUCUGAUAAGAAAUUUCCAUUAGCUACCUUACGUUACCCAACAUUAGCUAUCUUAGGGAAUGUUCAGCAGGGGGAAUUGGGUGCUGCUCGAGGAUUUUGGUUGUCUCCCAGUAAAAUUCACCUGAUCCCCUGCAAGGCUCCAUAAUAUUCUUUAGACCCCCUUCCUCCCUCCCCUCCCCUCCCCUCCCCUCCCCACAGAACCAGAAGAUUUUGAUGAAUCAUUAAAAAAAAAUUGGCCUUGAAUCAAAGUUGCUUUAGUGUGCGAAAUCUUCAGAAAUUAUUCUUCAAACGGAAGCCCAAGAGGAUGAUAGACAGGCCAAAGUAAAUGCAAUGAAAGCAACUUGAGAGAUAUAAGCUACCUAAUGACUUUGAAGUUGAUAGCUAUUUGAGCUGUGUGUCUAGCUACUUUGAAUCUUUUAGAAAUUCUGAUCUGUAUAUUGCUUUAGAGUUGAAAUUGUAUUAUGUUUGUUUCAGGAAAGAGGAACACAAGGAGGACAACAAUGAGGCAGAGAAGAAACAGAGUAAAAACUGAUCCUGCACAAAGAUUAUCUUUCCUGCACAUUGUUUUUGAAUGGACACUGGUAUUAGUUUGAGCAGAAAUUUUUCAUUUUAUUGUAGAUAAAUGGUCAUUUUUUAAUGCUCUUUCAAAUAAGGCUGAAUCGAAAGCUAGUGACACUGAAAGCUGCAUUUCAGCCCUCAGACCUAUUAAGGGGACUAAAAUGAAUCAGGAUGAAAAAAUUGACAGCAUGGAAUUAACUAAACAUUUAUUAAUAUGAGAACUUUGGUAAAGCUUCCUUUGGAUUGCAAUCGGGAAACUCUAAAACUAAACACUAACUUGUCUUGUGAGUUAUGUAAAAAACAGAAGAAAAGGAGAACAAGCAUUGCACAAAAUACUGCUGCCAAAGUCAAACAGAUGAGUGAAAACAAUUCCUAAGAUAUAAAUGAAACAAUUUCCCAGAACUCAGAGCAGAAAGAUAACUGAUAUUAUCAAAAAGAUAGUUGGAAUACCUGAAGGAAAACAAAAUCACAAACCAGGAAUGCAUGGCUUUGUUGAGUAUGAUGAUGCACAAGUGGCAGUUUUCUGCAUAUUUUUUCCUUUACCUUGGGGGUUGGGUGGGGAGGUCAGUAUUGUCAUAUUUUAAUCUUUUAGAGCUCUCAGGAAACGGUAAAUGCUAAAGGCGAUGUUGAUAUGAUGUUUUAAAAUGGUUCAUCAAAAGGAUCUGUUAGGAAAAGUAUAAUUAGUGAUUAGAUGGCAGACUUUUGUUCCUAAUGGUCAGUGGCUCCUAAAAACUUAUUGAUUCUUAGGAGGCCUACUUAUUCUUUGGCCAACUUGAAAGUUUUUGUUCCUGUGAUCACUACAC